AUGGCUCGACAACCGACCAGGAAAUUGAAAUUCAAGCUCACGUCCAUUCAUAUCGAGUACCUUUCGAGAUUCCAGUCAGAGUGGUAUACUGCUAAAGCCACCCGAUCAACCGCCCAAUUUGUCAGGAAGCGACGCCGACGGAUUGCGUCCAUGAUGGAGGAGACCUCGGGGGAGGGUGCUGAUGCUGCAAUGAAAUCUUCCAUCGAGGACGCUGUCGGGGCUUGGUUCAAAGCAAACUGCAGGCCUAGGGCCAAGGCUGCCAAGAUCGGGACAAAGGCGAGGAGUGGAAGGGAUGUCUUCGCACACCAGGAAUGGAAGGAGGUGGCCAAAAAGAAGAGGGAGCUCAUGGAGGCCGACCAGUUUGAGGGAGAUCGACAUAUCGGAUUCCACCAGAGGGCAGUCACCGAACUUUGGGACCAGCUUCCCGAGGAAGAGAAGGCGAAGUUUAGGAUGGAGGCUGUUGAGUGGGACAAUGUAGCUCCCCCGCCGGAGAUACAGCUCAUUAAUGCGGAGGCUGUGAACCGACGCACGUGGCUAUUUGCUGAAGACAUCUACCGACAGGCGAAUGCGCGCAUGUGGGCAAUGAUAGCCUUCAGAGACAAAGACGGUGUGUUGGUGAAGCAGGUCGUUGAUCACAAUGAUAGGUUGGAUGGAGGUACAAGGUUGGACGAGGAAUUUAAGACAGAAUAUGAGAAGAUGCAGUUCGAGAGGUUGUUCGACCGGUGGAUGCAUGCCUUUUACUCGGGGGAGGAAAGCCGCGGGCCCGCGCAGCCUCCCAAGAAGCCGAGGGACCUUGCGCGGGUGGAGCUCGAGAAGAAUAAGUAUGGAGAACCUAUCCUCCCCGACAUAACCCAAUGUCCGGCGAACGAAGACAGCCAUCGAAGGUGGCUCACCAAAGUGUUUCGUGCAUUCAUCUUUGACAGCUACAGUGUAGCAUCCGGAGGGGUGAAGACCAAUAUCUCUUGGACUCGACUUUUCUCCAACCUUCGACGAUUCGUUGACGACUCGUUUUGGCCUGACCGACUUGCGGUGGACCUGAAGGACCCUUCAGUGAUGCGGUACGACGUCAUGAAAGGAAUCCUAGGCCAUUGGUACCAGCGCCAGCUCGCUGGCGCAGACCCCGUCUUCUCCUUCUCGCAUUAUGAAGAUCCGAAGAACGAUGGCAUUUGGCUGGAGCGAGUGGCCCGCAUAGUGAUGGAAACCGACUCACCCAGGGUGUCCCCGCCACAACGCGAAAAACGAGAGCCGGGGAAAAGCCAAGGGAUGAAGAAGACGUCGACACCUGUUCCCGGGGGGUCCAGACCACCGGUGCCAAUUGCAGGACCGUCCAAGCCACCGGUUGCGCCGACACCUGACUGGAUGGAGUCACCCCUCAAGCGGAUGGGCACCACCAUCGUUGAGGUCGCCGUUUCACCACCCAGGAAGAAGAAGAAGUCCCGCAAACGCGACAGCAAGGAGGAUGAACGAGGGAAUGGAAAGGGGAAGGGAAAGGAGAAGGCAAGGGUCAAUGAUGACUCGAGUGGACAGAGUGAGGGCGAUGAGGAGUCCAGUGGCGAGAGUAUUGGCGACGAAAGGGAAAGGGGAAGGGGGAAGGGGAAGGCAAAGGGACGCAAAGGAUACAGUGCCAAGGAUAAACGGGGGAAGGGAAAGGCGAAGGGAUGUGACGAUGAGUCGAGUGGACAGAGCGACAGUGAUGAAGAAAGCGAAAAGGAUUUGGAAGGUGAAAAGGAUAGGGAGAAGGUGCGGCGAGCCGAGGUUACUCCGGACACCACAUCAGCCACGGAGGACCAAUCGUGUGGUGAGGGACCGUCAAAUACCCACGCAAAGUCUAAGAAGGCCAAAGGAAAAGGGCGGGCCGCCAUCAGCGACGACGAAAGAGGAAAUGCUUCCGAUACCAGCAGAACGCCGAAGGGGAGGGUUAAGGCCGCCGUCACGACAAGGUCAAGGUUGAAGGCAAAUGAAGACUCGUCCGCCGCGGAUGAGCCGCCGGAGACCCAGGUAAAAUCGACAAAGAAAGGGAAACAGAAAGCCGCCGGGAAUGAAGGUGAAGGUCAGUCAAAUUCCAGGAAGUACAACCGGAAGGGGAAGGGUAAGGCUGCUGUCAGCCAGGUGGACACCGACGUCGCAACCUCGAGGGACAAUUCGAACUCAAAACCCCCGACCCAUGUAUCCAAGGAACCCCCCCCAAGCACCGACGACUCACGCGAGCCAGAUGAGGAGUCCAGCGACAGAGAGGAAGGGCGACCAGCUCCAAAGAGGAAUAUGCCCACCCUCUCUGUUGGUCUUACCACAAGAGCGAUGGCAAAGUCCUCCGCAAUUCAGACACGGUCGAAGGCAAAGUCGAAGGGCGUCAAGCCGAAGCCCGUGGGCGUAAAGAAUCAGGGUGAUAUUUUUGACUUGAAAGAUCGGAGGCGAAGACGCAAGAACGAUUAA